AUGGUGGGUCUGUCAACUUCGGACGUCCACCCCACCAUGGGGGUCAAUAUCUUCUCAGCUGGAGUGUCCGCCUGCUUGGCGGAUGUGAUCACCUUUCCGUUGGACACGGCGAAAGUUCGACUACAGAUCCAAGGUGAAUGCCAGACUUCCAGUGCCAUUAGAUAUAAAGGUGUCUUGGGAACAAUCAGCACUCUGGCGAAAACAGAAGGGUUAGCAAAACUCUAUAGUGGGCUACCUGCUGGACUGCAGAGACAAAUCAGCUCUGCCUCUCUUAGGAUUGGCCUCUAUGACACCGUCCAGGAGUACUUCACAGAUGGCAAAGAAACACCAGCUAGUUUAGGAAGCAAGAUCUUGGCUGGCCUAACCACUGGAGGAGUGGCAGUGUUCAUUGGGCAACCUACGGAGGUAGUGAAGGUCAGACUGCAAGCACAGAGCCAUCUACAUGGUCUGAAACCACGCUACACUGGGACUUAUAAUGCUUACAGAAUUAUCGCAACAACAGAAAGCUUCACAACUCUUUGGAAAGGAACCUCUCCCAAUCUCCUAAGAAAUGUCAUCAUCAAUUGCUCAGAGCUAGUAACGUAUGACCUAAUGAAGGAGACCUUUGUGAAAAACAACAUACUUGCAGACGACAUGCUUUGCCACUUGGUGUCUGCUCUUAUUGCUGGAUUUUGCGCAACGGUUCUGUCCUCUCCAGCAGAUGUGGUAAAAACCAGAUUUAUAAAUUCUCCACAAGGAUACUACUCAAGUGUACCCAACUGUGCAAUGACCAUGUUAACCAAGGAAGGAGUGCCGGCUUUUUUCAAAGGGUUUGUGCCUUCCUUCUUGCGACUCGCAUCCUGGAACGUCAUUAUGUUUGUGUGCUUUGAACAACUGAAACGAGAACUGAUGAAGUCCAGGCGGACAGUCGACGGUGCCACAUAA